AAUUAUUUUACUUUCUUUUUAACAAUUCAUCUGUUUUCACAAUUUAAAAUAGGGUUUGGAGCGAAAACUGAAAAGGCUUGAGUUUGCCUGUGAUCUGUAGAGCUCGUUAUCGAGAACUAUAGUAUCAUUGCAUCUCUCUCGUAGUUCUAGAUCGUUAUCUAGAACCAAUUCUGAUUAGUGCACGCUCUUAAACAUUAGGUUCAAUUCCUAAUCAAGUCCAGAUAAUUUUCGGGUUGGAAACGUUCUGGAUGAGCCUUGGAUUGGAAAUCCGUCAUUUUUUUUUUUUUUUAAUUAUUGGUAUUCAUUUGAAGGGUUACUAUGUCUGGAAUUAAUAACCAGUCCGUUAUUUGUUUGCCAACUGGUUACAUUGCACGUUUUUAAAAAUAUCUCAUAUAGAUAAAUCGUCCAGCUCAAACCGAUGUUGGGGUAUGAGGUGGGACCAUCAUCAUCAAAAAAUUCAAUACCCACCCACCCCCGCGUAACGCAAUUUUACAUGUUUGCCACACGCAAUGUAACGCUUCGCUGAAUACCCCCCCACCCCUGAGCGCGUUAUGUAUUAUUUGAAUGAUCCCUAAGGAAUUGUCACAGCUCGGUUCCAAUACUCCAAGCUAGUUGAUGCAGGCGGAUUUGCCCGGUACUUUUGCCGCUGCAAUAUCCAUGGUGGAUCAACUGAAAAACCUGUGCAAUUACACGUAACAUAGCGCAAGCAUUUCAAUCAAUUAUUUUUGAUCUGGCUGAUACUUUACACAGAUGUUUCUAUGGGCUCGUUUUGUGCUAUUAGAGUUACUGAAAACGAAAUUCUGCACCAAUGUCAACAUUAAGGGGGGGGGGGUGGCAACGGCCCUCCCAUGCCCCCCUCUGGCUACGCCUAUGGACAAGGAGGCUUACGCUAUUAUAUUCGGUGUCAAAAAGUACUUUCAAUAUUUGUACGGACGGAGAUUUAUACUGGUUACGGACAAUCAUGCGGUUACGAAGAUCUUUAGCGAACACAAGGGCCUUCUCGUGAUGUCUGCAUUGAGGGUGCAGCAUUAUGCUACUUAUUUACAAUCUUUUGAUUACAAGAUACGGUUCCGGAAGUCUACCGAUCACGCGAAUGCCGAUGCGAUGUCAAGAUUUCCAGUGAAGCUAUGUGGUUCAGAAAACAUUAUCGAGGAAUCGGACGUGGUAGAGAUGAACCAUAUCGAUACCCUUCCGGUGACAGCAGAGGAGUUGUCGCAAGCUACUAGUGAGGACAAAAAUAUUCAAACGUUGCUCCAAGGUCUUCGGUAUGGACAAGCAGUUGAUGGGAAAGAUCGGUUUGGCAUCGAUCAAACGGAAUUUACGAUUCAAAAUGGAUGCUUGUUGCGAGGAAUUCGCGUGUACGUUCCGGUUAAGUUUCGAGAGCGUGUUCUUGCAGAGCUCCAUUCUACCCAUUUCGGUUUAACGCGUACCAAAUCUCUUGCCCGAGGUGUCUGCUGGUGGAUGGGGAUAGAUCGGGAGAUUGAGCAACUGAUCUCAAACUGUGCGGAGUGUCAAUCCAUUCGAUCAGAGCCGACGAAAGUUUUACCUCACCCUUGGGAACCAGCAACUGGUGAUAAAGUUCGUGUCCGCGAUUUUCUGUCGGCAAACAAGUGGCAGUUCAGACAGGUCGUGACAAAGCUGGGCAAAAUGCGAUAUUCGAUUCGCUUGGAUGAAGGAAGGCUGUGGGAAAGGCAUGUGGAUCACAUGUGUGGCGUUGGAUCGAAUUUGGAUUCGUCAUCAAGAGCAGGUUCGAAGAAGAUGGCUCCAGAGUUUGCGAAUCCUACUGUAACAACAGCAUCCAGUGGCGACAACCGCAGUUGCGAGGUUCAACCGGUAGUUGGUACAUCCUUCACAUCAGAAUCUCAAGCACCCCCGCCUGUUCAACCCGCGGCGAACGGCGGUCAGCAAGCUGUAGUAUCGGAAGGCGCACGAAUGGGGAACGUUGAACCAGUUCAACCAAUACGUCGUUCGAACAGGGUUUUGAUUUCCGAGAGACAAGGACUCAACAUAUAUAUAUAGGAAAAUGUACAUAUUAGUUAUAAGUCAGUUAUAUAGGAAAAUGUACAUAUUAGUUAUAAGUCAAACUAUAUUUAUUUAAUUGUAUUUUUGAAAUGUAUUUUUAACAAGAAAAGAUGAGAGGGUUUUUAUGCCAGUUUGAGGAGGAGUAGUCGGGAUACAGGCUCUACUCAAGCUUGCUUUUCCCUACUCCAAAAGACAUUCGGCCCCGUUAUGCUUAGCGGUUGGGCCUAAAUAAAUAUUAGAGUUUAAAAAAAAAUAUUAAAUUUUAUUUUUAAUUCAAUUUUUUUCAUCUUUCUUUUAUUUUUUUUACAGAGCAUACUUUUUUCGGAAGGAGAAAACUACUAUUUUCAUCUCCGUCGGAGACGUCAUACCGAUCAAACAAAUCGUCCUGGCUCAAAAAUUAUUCUUGUUCAUUAAUACCAUUUUUACACAAGUUUAUUUUUUUUUCAAAAAUUAGUCUUGUUAGAAAAAAUUUUACUAGAAAAGCUUCAACCAGAUCGAAAAUGGUCGAUUGACAUCGUUGUCUUAUGUGGCUUGAAAUUGCUUUACUGAUCCUGUAUAUAUCCCUUUUGUAGUGUCGAGACAUUUGAGUCUUGAAGCAAAACAUCAAACAGUUGUAUACGUGGCGGUUUACCCCAUGUAUAGUGGGAGGCUUUGCCCCCAGUGGAGCAUUUUCAUAUUCCACCGGAAAAGUAGUCAAAAUUACAUAAUUGUUUUCGGCCUUCGAAAUUUUCGAAAGAAGACAGAUUCAGGCAAGCGAUUAAACGUAUAUUCACAAAUAAAACAAUAGAUUUUUAGACAGAAAAACCAUAAGUCCCGUUGCCGCAAAACAAUAGCGCCUUGACUGGUUUUGCCAGCUGAAAGAUUGUUUUUGAUUAUUUCUGUGACCGUUCGCGCACUAUCAAAACAGAGAGCGUUGCAAAAUGUUAUUUUCGAAGGAAACUACAGAUAUAAAUGUGAUGAUCCUGACCAGCGUUGCCAGGUAUCUAGAUUUAGCUGGAUUAUCCAGAUUUUGAAGUAGAAUACUUCUCUCAGGAAGUUCGGCUACAUAGGGAUGUGAAAUGAAAAUCUAAAACCGAAAAAAGUGAAAAAUAUGUCCAAUUUCAAAUGCUAAUAAAUCGGUUAGUAUUCGAUGUAUUUCCUUCGUUUUUGAAGCAAUAGAUUGGAAAAUCUUCUAUGAUUCGUCCCUAAAGAAGAUAAUUGUUAUUUUAUUAUUCAAACUAUUGUACUAUUGAAAAUAGUCAAGCCUUGUCAAAACGAAAAAUUCGAACUCUGCUUGGUCGUUGUAUGAUUGCUCCCCAAGCACGGUCGACAGAAUCAUAUACCUUGCAAUUGAAAAUAUGCCGAAGUUGCUCAUAAUAAUUCUAGACAGCGAUAACAGCAGUCAUCCCUUAGAAGCAGCAGUAGCAGUGCAGUGGAUACCAGCCAUAGCGGAUAGCGGCCACAGCUGUGGCGUAGCAAUGAAUAGCGCACUAGUUGCAGCGGAUCUCAGCAUCGAUAGCAGCUGGGCCAGCUGAUGCAGGGACAGCGGAUACCAAUGGCAUAGGGAUACCAUCUGGUCGAAGUUAGAAAUCAGGACACCUUUCCUCGGCACAAAUUUGACUAAGCCAUUCUAUUCUUCGAAGUAUGAGCAAAUAUAACACAUAAUAUGUGAUUUACCCUUUAAAAUACAAUAUAACACUCUUUUAUUUACUUAAAAUACACUCAGUUUUUAUUUACGCAGGGAUAUGUACCUCGUGGAAAAACGCGUAACUCGAUUCCUUCCGCUUAAAAAUCCACGUGAAAAAACCGUAUAUUAGAAAAUCCGUGUGGAAAAAUACCUAGUGAAAAAUGAGUGUAUCUCCACUUUUAUCAAACCGCUUUGAAUUGUUACGCAUUAGUAGAUACUUUAAAAAUUCAACACACGUAAACUGUUUCAACUUAAACUUAACAAAUGCCAGAUGCUUAAUGGUAACAGUAAACGCAUUAACGAAUCUUCUUAUUACUAUACUAAGUUUCAACCAAUGAAAAAAAAA